CUGCAAAACUGGGGGCCCCACGUGCUCACGGAUUAAAGCCGGGGUGAGGAACGUGGGGACUCCUAGCUCCCACCACCACCAGCCGCAGCCAGCACGCCCAACAGUUAGGGAGAAGGAGACCUGCAGCCCGACAACAGCUGGGAGGCCGCCACUUCCCUCCCCUCGGACUAAAGCCCAGCUCAACACGAAGAGCUUGUCCCGAGGCGGCCGAGUGUCUGGCUAUCCUGGGCGAAAGAAACGGCAGAGGAGAGCUUCUGCGGACCCUAAGGGGAGCACUGCCCGUGAGAAAUCUUAAAAAGCGGGCUUCGGAGGCCGUGAGAUGGGAGCAGCGCCGCUUGUGACGGUAGAAACCUCCUCUGCCUCUCUCUCCCCCGCCUCCUCCCUCGCAAGGGCUGGGCCUCCACACGCGCCUCCGCCUGCUCCAGGCCCGGAUUACCCAGCGGGCCCUUGUGCGGCGCAGGCGCACCGAGGAGGCAGCUCAGGAAGAGGAAAAUGGAAUAAACAACCCCGCCGCCGCCGCCGCCGGACCAUCAAUCAGCCUGGCCGAGGGCCCAGCUUCCCGCGUCCGCCGCGGGCCCAUCCCUCGCCUCGGACUCCUCGGCGGGCUCGCCCGACCCACUUGAGAGAAGCGCCCGCGGCCCUCUCUGCGCGCCCUUGCCCGCCUGCGACGCUCCCCCGCCGACGCCGGAACUCGGGGCUGUGACAGCGGCGACCGGACCCGGGCUGCCGCCGCCGCCCGCCCGCCUGCCUCUCCCCCGAUGGUGCUGCGGCCGGCAGCGGCGGUGCCACCGGAGGCGGCCUCGGCCCUGCCCGCGCUGCUGUAGCGGCCGCCAUGAACAGUGGCGGGAUCCCUUGCUCCUCCCCGGUGGUGGCGGCUGCCGCGGCGGCGGUGGCGGCUGCGGCGGUGGGGCCGCCCCCCGGGCCGGCGGCGGCGGCGGCUCCCGUCGGGGUGAAGCUGAAGUUCUGCCGCUACUACGCGAAGGACAAGACGUGCUUCUACGGCGAGGAGUGCCAGUUCCUGCACGAGGAGCCCGGCGGAGCUUCGGCCGCCUGCCCUGGGCCUCCACCCCCUGUGGCCCUCGGCGGGCUCCCGCUCGGGCUCCCUCCGGUCCCCGCUGCCCCGGCCGUGGCCGCCUCGCCCGGGCACGUCGGCGGCUACUCCGGGCAUGGGGCAGCGGCGCCCGUGGCGGGGCCUAAGAAACCCCCCGAGCUCUUGGGAGGAGGCGCAGGAUGCGGCCACGGCGGAGCAGGCGGCGGAGCGGGGCUGGACGGGCCCCGGCUGGCCAUUGCAGGCAUGGAUGGAGGUGCCCUGGCUGAAGCUAGUCUUACAGACUCCUACUUCAGCACCAGCUUCAUCGGAGUUAAUGGGUUUGGAAGUCCUGCUGAAGCAAAGUAUCCUAUGAUGCAGAGGAUCACAAAUAGCAGCAGUUCCCCUAGCCUUCUUAAUGACAGUGCCAAGCCCUAUGCAGGCCACGAUUCUCUUACUUCACCUGGUUCAUCCUUGUUCAACGACUUUGCUGCCCUCAGCUUAUCUCAAAGGAGAAAACCAAGGAAGUAUCGACUGGGGAUGCUGGAGGAGAGAAUAGUUCCGGUGGGAUCAAAGGCAAGAAAAUCAAAGAACACUAUUGGCUGCUUGGCUGACAGGUGUAAAACAGGAGUACCCAUCAAUAUGGUUUGGUGGAACAGAGUCACAGAAAACAAUUUACAGACACCAAAUCCCGCGGCAAGCGAGUUUAUUCCUAAAGGAGGAUCAACCUCCCGACUCAGUAAUAUGUCACAGUCAAAUAUAUCUGCCUUCUCUCAAGCCUUGUUCUCUCAUCCUUCCAUGGGAGGUCCUGCAAACGCUGGGCUAGCUCCAGGAAUGUCAUUGUCAGCAGGAUCUUCUCCCCUUCAUUCCCCUAAAAUUACUCCUCACACGUCUCCUGCUCCUAGACGAAGAAGUCAUACACCAAACCCAGCAAAUUACAUGGUGCCUACUAGUGCCUCUACGCCAGUUACUAAUGCUGUCUCCCAGCCGCCAGCUGCUGGCCAGGUGAUUCAGAAGGAAACUGUGGGUGGCACAACCUAUUUCUAUACUGACACAACUCCAGCACCUGUAACUGGAAUGGUGUUCCCAAAUUACCACAUUUAUCCUCCAACUGCGCCUCAUGUUGCUUACAUGCAGCCAAAAGCAAAUGCACCUUCUUUCUUCAUGGCAGAUGAACUCAGACAGGAGCUGAUCAACAGACACUUAAUUACAAUGGCUCAGAUAGAUCAAGCAGAUAUGCCUGCUGUCCCAACAGAAGUUGACAGCUACCACAGCCUUUUCCCUCUGGAGCCACUGCCACCACCCAAUCGGAUACAGAAAACAAGCAACUUUGGGUAUAUAACAUCAUGCUACAAAGCUGUAAAUAGCAAAGAUGAUCUGCCAUAUUGCCUUCGGAGGAUACAUGGUUUUCGUCUUGUUAACACAAAGUGCAUGGUGCUGGUUGACAUGUGGAAAAAAAUCCAACACUCAAACAUUGUCACAUUGCGAGAAGUAUUCACCACUAAAGCAUUUGGAGAACAUUCUCUUGUGUUUGCCUAUGACUUCCACGCUGGAGGAGAGACUAUGAUGAGCAGACACUUCAAUGAUCCUAGUGCUGAUGCCUAUUUCACAAAAAGGAAGUGGGGUCAGCAUGAUGGACCUUUGCCUCGGCAACAUGCGGGGUUGUUGCCAGAAUCCCUGAUUUGGGCCUACAUUGUGCAGCUCAGCUCUGCAUUGCGGACCAUUCAUACAGCAGGAUUGGCCUGUCGGGUGAUGGACCCCACCAAGAUUCUGGUAACUGGAAAAACAAGGUUGCGAGUGAACUGCGUUGGAGUCUUUGAUGUGUUAACAUUUGAUAACAGCCAAAACAAUCCCCUGGCCCUCAUGGCCCAGUAUCAGCAAGCAGACUUGAUCUCCCUUGGGAAGGUGGUGUUGUCUUUGGCUUGCAAUUCUCUGGCAGGAAUUCAGAGGGAGAAUUUGCAGAAAGCAAUGGAACUGGUGACAAUCAACUAUUCCUCUGAUUUGAAGAAUCUUAUUUUGUAUUUGCUGACUGACCAAAACAGGCUUCGAAGUGUAAAUGAUAUCAUGCCUAUGAUUGGUGCAAGAUUCUAUACUCAGUUGGAUGCUGCCCAAAUGAGAAAUGAUGUAAUAGAAGAAGACCUUGCAAAGGAAGUUCAGAAUGGAAGAUUAUUUCGGCUUCUUGCAAAAUUGGGAACAAUCAAUGAGAGGCCAGAAUUUCAGAAGGACCCAACAUGGUCAGAAACUGGAGACAGAUACCUCCUGAAGCUGUUUAGGGAUCAUCUUUUUCAUCAGGUGACAGAAACGGGCACUCCUUGGAUAGACCUCAGUCACAUUAUCUCUUGUCUUAACAAGCUAGAUGCUGGUGUGCCAGAAAAAAUAAGCCUCAUUUCCAGAGAUGAGAAGAGUGUACUUGUGGUGACGUAUAGUGACCUAAAACGCUGCUUUGAAAAUACUUUUCAAGAACUGAUUGCAGCCGCGAACGGCCAGUUGUAGUACUUGCUGAAAGCAUGCAGGACGUUGCUGAAGAACAUAACUAAUAGCAAAUUGCACUACAGCUGAUUGUCGUCAUCUCAUUUCACAUUUUGGGAAACAAAACAGCAGGAGAUGUUGCACUUCAGUCAGGUACACUGUUACUUGAAGGGAAGAAUGUUUUUGCUUACCCUUGAGCUCUGGCUGCCAUUGGAGGCUUUAUCUGUGAAGAAUUUAUUUUAAAAUAAGGAACGCAUCAGGAGUAUGAUGUUCCUGCUUUUAUUUUUUCCACUCGUAUAUGCACUAAUUUUAAUUUUUUAAAGACUUUUCUGAUCUCUGAUGUUUUGCCACAUUGGAUACUUACUAAGGGAAUCUCUUUGCAAGGACAUUUCUGGGAUUUUUAUUUUAUUUUUUGCCACUGAAUAUACUGCGGAAUUUAUUUGUUUUGAUAUUAUUUGCACCCCAGAAUACUAUAAAGGACCAGGUGAAUAAUUUCAUAGAAAUUGUGUUCUGUAAAUUUACAGUGUAGCUUGUAACCUCUGUAAAACCGUGUCUUAUGCCACCCACUGUUAGGUUCACCAAUCAAAACCAAAAGAUGCAUAUUUUUUAAAAAAGGAAGAAAAAAAUCAAGUUGGGUAUUAUAGAAAUCUCACAUGUAAAAUCCCCUUUUAUUUGUCUGAAGCUUUGUCUAAGCAAAGCAGCACCAUUUUGAGAUCUGUAACUUUGAGAGCAUAUCCCAGUUGCUCUAAACACAACCAGCGCCUUUUAAAUAAAAUACCUGUUUGUAUAUUUUA